GAUGAAUCGACGAAUUUUCCCUCGCACACUAGUCGCGAAUAUACAAAUCGCGCAUAGUAUGGCGCUAGCUUAAGACAAGUAUAUGUUUUCUAACGCUCGUCGUCCGCGGACAGGAGUUACAUGCGCACAAAGUAAUUCUCGCGGCAACGUUCGACAACGAGAUGGAAGCGACGAGGGGAAACCGCGUGGACAAUGAGAUGCAGGCGACGAAGAAAAACCGCGUAGACGUCGACGUGACCGCCGAAAUCCCGACAGAAAUGCUGCGAUUUAUUUCCACCGAUAAAGUGGCGAAUCUGGAGAAACUAGCCCACAGUUCAUUAUACGCGGCGAACAAGUACGAGUUGAAAAGGUGGUGCAGACGUUAGGUUUCAAUUCCUUGAUAAGCUCCCAUCCGCACCUGACAGUAGAAGCUUACCAGGCUUUGCCAGCUAGCUUACCACCCGACCUAGCGGAAAGGAGAGAAUUUACUCGUAGAGUGAUGGAACCAAUCUUCCAUAACGGGUAUGACCUCCGGUACUGCUGCCCCCCACUUCUGUAUCCCUUUUGGAUUUUCGUGUAAUAAUGUAAUAAUGCGAA